AUGUCCGUACCCAGUCCUCACCGGCGAGGCUCUGGAGGUGCCGUUGCGCAACCGACCAAUUCCCCCAAUGAUGUUGCGGAAGAAGAGCUGUUAAUUGACUUCAACGACGACUAUGUAUCUCCACAGCUGGGUUACAAUAUUACAAGCCAUGCCGGGAAAGCCUUCUCUACUUAUGGAUCCGGGCAAGAAUAUUAUAAUAAUUUCCUCGACGAUGACAUCCAAUUAGAAAACAAACAGACCCCAACAGCUCACGGGAAUGAAGUUAGAAAUAGAGGGCCAAGCAACACGGGAAAUGGAGUUGUCUCCCAGUCUACGUUGCCCCAAACAGCUGACUUCAGCGUUGCUUCGGGAUUGAAUCCAGUCCUGAAUAGUCAAAGUUUCGACGGCUUAGUCGAGCCCAUGACUGUUGGACGAUAUGAAAAUGAUAUUGCCUCGCCGGUCAGCGACUAUGCACCAUUUAAUCCGUACGCAUCUUCUCAAUCGCCCGCCCGCAUUGCCAGCGCCCGAACCCAGGGUUUGGAAGCAGUUGUGGCUCAACCAGCAGAAAGCCACCGCGAAGCUAGCCCCCCACCACCUAUAAAAUCUCGAACAAAUUCUAAUCAAGUGGAGAAAUAUCAAUGUGGUCAAUGUGACGAGCACAAGACUGAUUCCUACUACUGCAAUCUAUGCGACAUGACCUACUGUGGUCAUUGCUGGAACAGAGUUGGACCACACAGAUCAGGUAAACUAGGGCCAGGCGGUAUACCUCAUGAAAAGACAGAUCAAGCUAUUGCAGACAAGCUGCGCGCUACCUUGGAAGCAUGCUCGGAUGACCUCGAGCAACAAGAACUUUUUCGAAUGGAUGAGAAUACUGCUUGGUUUGGCGUGGUUAAAGAUGAAUCGGAAGACUCCAUAUUCUACGACUACGGCCGAUAUGCUGAUAUUAUGACUGAAAUAUCUCAAGUUACAAACCCCAGGCAAAGGCAAGGCGCUCAGCACAAUCGGUUUCCAGGUCUUGUCAGCUUCGUAGGAGAAACAGGUGCUGGCAAAUCUACGCUUGUCAAGGUUCUGAUUGAGCUGAGCGAGUCGGGCGAGGGUUUCCAAACACCUAUUGUGGGCUCAAAUAAGCACCAAGAUGUUCCUACAAGUGGAGAUGUUCAUCUCUACACUGAUCCUGAGACUUAUCUCUCUGAGACGCCGAUUUUCUACGCAGAUUGUGAGGGUUUGGCUGGGGGUGAGCGAGAACCUAAAGGAGCUCGAUCCAAGCUUCUGAACCGUAUGGCCGGCAACAACAAAGGGGCUCAAAGAAGUCAUACUACCAAAUCCUUCGAGCAAAGCCGUAGAAAUUUUCGUCAUUCAGAAAGAGAAAUUAAGUGGGCGAAAACCGCCGAGACACAAACAAGGCAGUUUUUCGUAACGCAGUUAUAUCCUCGACUUCUGUAUACAUUCUCUGACGUAGUGGUAUUUGUCUUGAAGAAUCCAAGGUAA